AUGAUGACUUUUGUACAUGCCGAGGUCUGUCGUGAUGCGUUCAGCGUUGCUGAGACUGAAACGAUCCGGCGCUACACCAAUACUUAUCUGCGGGGUCUUGGUGUCUGCCGUCUGCCUAUCCGUCUAGACAAGUUUGGGGAACGCCCUAUAACCACAUCUUGUGUGAUAACUAACAUGACUCCUGUCAUUGAUUGCCUUCUCAAUAAGGAAAACCUUACUGGGGUAUUAGGCUCUGAAGGCAGCCGCUGCACUCGUGGAUCGGCGGGGGAUCUUGAGAUGUCUCAGAUAUCUAGCUCAAAUAUCACUACUUUUCUCACAGAAAAUGUGGCUUUUAUAAGGUUGAUCCCGGAGGAGUGUGAUGGGAAGGAUGGCUCCGAUGCUGGCUAUUCAGUAAACUUGGCACUCACACCGCUUGCUGUGCAUGUCUAUUGGCAAGUAUGUUUCUCAUCAUCUUAUUUCUCCCCUACUCUUUGUGCUAUAACUUUCCUUUUGUCUCGUAAUUUUAUUAUGAUUUCUAUUAUCCUAAGUAUAUGUGCUAUAAUGUUCCUCUUAUUUUGUCCUAGUUGUACUCCCCUAACUUUGUGCCUGUUGGCUAGACGAUUGAAACCUUAG